UGAGGGGAGGGGACGGGGGAAGGGCGAGGUUGUGGGGCGAGGCGCCGUGUGUCGCUCCCGUCCCUGCGUUGCGUCGUAGUUUAGUGGAAAAAGGAAGGGGUUAGAAAAGGGAACUGGUUUAAAAUAGCCGCUGGUCCCUGCCGGGGGCUGGUUCCCUCCCGCGGGGCUCAGGGGGUCCCUGGUGUGCGGGGGCUCGGAGCCCCUCGGGGUUAUCGCUGUGGGGAUGAGCUUGCGGAGUUUUACUGGAAUUUCUCCUUUUCUGAGGAGCUGCCGCUGCUGAAGCAGAUUUUUCCUUCCUUUUUUUUUUGUCUGAUGCAGAAUCCCCGUAGCUAGGCAGCCUCCCUCUUUUCUUCCCUUCCUUCCUUCCACCCCUCGCUAUGUAGGAAGGGAGAGGCAUCAAUGGAAAGGCUGAAAUACGAGUAGAUGCGCUUCCAAAUGCCUUUUUUCUUGAAAGAGGAAGAUAAAUCCCAGCUGCCAAUGCACGGACUUUUUUUGUUGCCGUCGAAUUGCUUGGUAAAAAUGGGGUUCACUUACUCCUGCUAAAUCCUUGGAGCGUGUCAGAGAGUUGCUACGGUGAAGGACUUCUGGUAUUUUUUUGCAUCAGUGGAGCUACGUUGAUGUUAACCAUUUUUUUGUAAGAUGGAGAACGAAAUAUUCACACCCCUUUUGGAGCAGUUCAUGUCUAGCCCUCUUGUCACCUGGGUUAAGACAUUUGGGCCGUUAGCUGGAGGAAAUGGGACCAACCUGGAAGAAUAUGUGGCGCUGGUGGACGGUGUGUUUCUCAACGAAGUCAUGCUGCAAAUACAGACUCCGUCUCUGGUGCAGUCCUGUGGAAACCUGUGUAAUCCAAAGUCUGCUAAUCAGAGGAUAAACAAAAAAGUCAACAAUGACGCAUCAUUAAGGAUUCAAAAUUUGUCUAUUUUGGUGAAGCAAAUAAAAACUUACUAUCAGGAGAAUUUGCAGCAGUUGAUCAUGAUGUCUUUGCCAAAUGUAUUAAUAAUCGGCAAAAAUCCUUUUUCUGAGCCAGGUACUGAAGAAAUUAAAAAACUCCUGCUGCUUUUACUUGGUUGUGCGGUUCAGUGUCAGAAAAAAGAAGAAUUUAUAGAAAGAAUCCAAGGUCUGGAUUUCGAUACAAGAGCAGCAGUUGCAGCCCAUAUUCAAGAGGUAACUCAUAAUCAGGAGAAUGUGUUUGAUCUGCAGUGGAUGGAUGUCAUUGUGUUGACACAAGAGUAUGUUGAACCUCUCUUGAAAAAUAUGGCGUUGCAUUUAAAAAGGCUUAUAGAUGAAAGAGAUGAGCACUCAGAGACUAUCAUAGAGCUCUCGGAAGAGCGGGACUGUCUCCGUUUCCUACCUCACGCGUCAGCAGCGCAAUCUCCGUGCGGCUCUCCGGGUAUGAAGCGCACGGAGAGCCGGCAGCACCUCUCGGUGGAGCUGGCGGACGCCAAGGCCAAGAUCCGGCGGCUCCGCCAGGAGCUCGAGGAAAAGACUGAGCAGUUGCUUGACUGUAAGCAAGAACUUGAGCAGAUGGAAGCUGAGCUGAAGAGGCUUCAGCAAGAGAAUAUGAAUUUACUCUCAGAUGCCCGCUCUGCCAGAGUGUAUAGAGAUGAAUUAGAUGCUCUUCGGGAGAAGGCAAUUCGAGUCGACAAGCUUGAAAGCGAAGUCGGCCGCUAUAAAGAGAGGCUGCAUGAUAUUGAAUUCUACAAAGCUAGAGUGGAGGAGUUAAAAGAAGACAAUCAAGUGUUGCUAGAAACAAAGACAAUGUUGGAAGAUCAAUUAGAAGGGACCCGAGCCCGUUCUGAUAAACUACAUGAGUUAGAAAAAGAGAAUCUGCAGUUAAAAGCUAAAUUACACGAUAUGGAGAUGGAGCGUGAUAUGGACAGAAAGAAGAUUGAGGAACUCAUGGAGGAAAAUAUGACUCUAGAAAUGGCUCAGAAACAAAGUAUGGAUGAAUCCUUGCACCUUGGCUGGGAACUUGAACAGAUAAAUAGGACUACGGAACUUUCGGAAGUGCCCCAGAAAUCCCUUGGUCAUGAGGUGAAUGAACUGACAUCGAGCAGAUUGUUGAAGCUGGAAAUGGAAAACCAAAGUUUGCUGAAGACGGUGGAAGAACUGCAAAGUGCCGUGGGAUCGGUAGAAGGCAGCAGUUCAAGGAUUCUGAAAAUGGAGAAGGAAAACCAAAGACUUAGCAAAAAGCUUGAAGAGCUGGAGAAUGAAAUGAGCCAAGAGAAACAAAGUCUUCAGAACAGUCAAAAUUUGAGUAAAGAUUUGAUGAAAGAAAAAGCACAGCUUGAAAAGACGCUUGAAGCACUUCGGGAAAACUCAGAGAGACAAAUCAAGCUAUUAGAACAAGAAAAUGAACAUUUGAAUCAAACGGUAGCUUCUCUGAGACAACGCUCGCAAAUCAGCGCUGAAGCGAGAAUGAAAGAAAUAGAGAAAGAAAAUAAAAUCCUUCACGAGUCUAUUAAAGAGACCAGCAGUAAGUUAAAUAAGGUUGAGUUUGAAAAAAAGCAAGUCAGGAAAGAACUGGAACACUAUAAAGAGAAAGGGGAGAGAGCGGAAGAACUCGAGAAUGAGCUGCAUCAUCUGGAGAAGGAAAAUGAAGUAUUACAGAAAAAAAUCACUACCUUAAAAAUUACUUGUGAGAAGAUCGAGGCCUUAGAACAGGAAAACUCAGACCUGGAAAUGGAGAACAGAAAACUCAAAAAAACUUUGGAUAGCCUAAAAAAUCUCACGUUUCAAUUAGAAUCCUUAGAAAAGGAGAAUUCCCAACUCGAUGAAGAAAACUUGGAAUUAAGGAGAACAAUCGAAUCCUUGAAGUGUACAAGCAUUAAAGUGGCACAGUUACAAUUAGAAAACAAGGAGCUGGAGAGUGAAAAGGAGCAGCUGAAGAAAAGCCUUGAGCUCAUGAAAGCCUCGUUUAAGAAAACGGAACGCUUGGAAGUCAGCUACCAGGGCCUGGACACGGAAAACCAAAGGCUACAGAAAGCCCUCGAGAACAGCAAUAAGAAGAUUCAGCAACUAGAAAGUGAAUUACAGGAUUUGGAGUCUGAAAAUCAGACUCUGCAAAAGAACUUGGAAGAGUUAAAAAUCUCGAGUAAGCGCCUGGAGCAAUUGGAAAAGGAGAAUAAGCUGUUAGAACAAGAGACUUCUCAACUAGAAAAAGAUAAGAAACAGCUAGAAAAAGAAAACAAAAGGCUUCGACAACAAGCAGAAAUUAAAGAUAGUACUUUAGAAGAAAACAACGUAAAAAUUAGUAAUCUGGAAAAGGAAAAUAAAUCUCUAUUUAAAGAAAUUGUUGUAUAUAAAGAGUCAUGUGUACGCCUGAAAGAACUGGAGAAAGAAAAUAAAGAACUCGUGAAAAGAGCUACCAUUGAUAAGAAAACCCUGGUGACUUUACGAGAGGACUUGGUGAAUGAAAAAUUGAAGACUCAACAAAUGAACAAUGAUCUAGAAAAACUUGCUCACGAACUUGAAAAAAUCGGCUUAAACAAGGAGCGUCUCUUGCACGAUGAACAGAGCAGCGAUGACAGUAGGUACAAGCUUUUGGAGUCAAAAUUAGAAUCCACACUUAAGAAGUCUCUUGAAAUAAAGGAGGAAAAAAUCGCUGCUUUGGAGGCUCGUUUAGAAGAAUCAACAAAUUUAAACCAGCAGCUCCGUCAGGAACUUAAAACAGUGAAAAAGAACUAUGAAGCUCUGAAGCAAAGGCAAGAAGAGGAACGAAUGGUUCAGAAUUCCCCUCCGAGAAGUGGAGAAGAAAAUCAGUCUGUCAAUAAGUGGGAGAAAGAAAAUCAGGAAACUACGAGAGAAUUAUUGAAAGUGAAGGAUAGAUUAAUCGAAGUGGAAAGGAAUAACGCAACGCUGCAGGCAGAGAAGCAAGCGCUGAAGACACAGUUAAAGCAGCUGGAGAGCCAGAACAGCAAUCUGCAGGCUCAGAUCCUCGCGCUCCAGAGACAGACGGUUUCUCUGCAGGAACAGAACACCACUCUACAAACUCAAAAUGCCAAGCUGCAGGUUGAGAAUUCCACCCUUAAUUCUCAGAGUACAUCUCUGAUGAAUCAGAACGCGCAGCUGCUGAUCCAGCAGUCCGCUUUGGAGAACGAAAACGAGUGCGUGCUCAAGGAGCGGGAGGACCUGAAGUCCCUGUACGAUUCGCUUCUCAAAGACCACGAAAAGCUGGAGCACCUGCAUGAACGGCAGGCUUCCGAGUUUGAGUCUCUGAUAGCCAAACAUGGAAGCCUGAAAUCCGCACACAAAAACCUGGAGGUGGAGCACAAGGACUUAGAAGACAGGUACAAUCAGUUGCUGAAACAGAAAGUGCAGCUGGAGGAACUGGAGAAAGUCCUCAAGGUGGAACAGGAGAAAAUGCUGCAGCAAAACGAAAAACAUGAAACAGUGGCAACAGAGUAUAAAAAACUUCGCGAUGACAACGAAAGGCUCACUCACACAUACAGUCAGCUCUUGAGAGAGAAUGAAGUUCUCCAAACCGAUCAUAAGAAUCUGAAAACAUUAUUGAACAAUUCCAAACUGGAACAAACACGAUUAGAAGCUGAGUUUUCUAAACUCAAAGAACAGUACCAACAACUGGAUAUUACGUCGACAAAACUCAAUAAUCAAUGUGAGCUGCUUAGCCAGCUUAAAGGAAAUCUGGAAGAGGAGAACAGACAUCUGCUAGAUCAAAUCCAGACAUUAAUGCUACAGAAUAGAACAUUGCUUGAGCAGAAUAUGGAAAGCAAGGAUCUCUUCCAUGUAGAGCAAAGGCAGUACAUUGACAAGCUAAAUGAACUAAGGCGACAGAAGGAGAAACUGGAGGAGAAGAUAAUGGAUCAGUAUAAAUUUUAUGAACCAUCUCCACCAAGAAGGAGGGGCAACUGGAUCACUCUGAAGAUGAGGAAGCUGAUCAAAUCUAAGAAGGACGUUAAUCGAGAACGUUUGAAGUCCGUGACGCUGACGCCGACGCGCUCCGAGUCCAGCGAGGGCUUCCUGCAGCUGCCCCAGCAGGACAGCCAGGACAGCUCCUCCGUGGGCUCCAACUCGCUGGAGGACGGACAGACCUUGGGCACCAAGAAGAGUAGUAUGGUUGCACUGAAAAGACUGCCCUUUUUGAGGAACAGACCGAAGGAAAAAGACAAAAUGAAGGCCUUCUACCGUCGCUCCAUGUCCAUGAAUGACCUGGUGCAGUCCAUGGUCCUGGCAGGAGGACAAUGGACAGGUAGUUCUGAGCAUCUGGAGGGUCCUGAUGAUAUAUCUGCGGGUAAAAGGAGGAAGGAGUUGGGAGCUCUGGCCUUCUCUACCACAGCCAUCAACUUUGCAGCUGGCAACUCCUCUGCAGGCUUCAGAUCCAAGCAGUUGCUAAAUAAUAAAGAUACUACAUCCUUUGAAGACGUAAGUCCGCAAGGUAUUAGUGAUGACUCUAGUACGGGAUCAAGAGUUCAUGGAGUACAGGACAUAGUCUGUGCAGAUGCUCUUGCUCCUCCUGUUCGUGGCAUUUCAACAAUGUGCAAGGUUCCUUGUCAGAUCUGUUCUUCCAGACCAGCCAGCCUCGAUAGUGGCAGAACAUCCACUAGCAACAGCAAUAACAACGCUUCGCUCCAUGAAGUCAAAGGUGCGGUGAGCAGCGCGAGCCGGCCGCAGAGCCACAGCAGCGGGGAGUUCAGCCUGCUGCAGGAGCACGAGGCCUGGUCCAGCAGCAGCAGCAGCCCCAGCCAGCUCCUGCGCGGCCACGCCAGGUCCAGGACCCCCGAAACGCCCCACGCUCGCGGGAAACGCAGCAAAACCGGCUCUCCCGGCAGCGAAGUUGUUACCCUGCAGCAGUUCCUAGAAGAAAGCAACAAGAGUACCUCAAGUGAGAUGAAGUCUGCGAGCGAAGAGAAUCUUUUAGAUGAAGUCAUGAGAAGCUUAUCCGAGUCCGCAGAGCUGACGGGAAAGGAGAAGCUCAGAAAGCCGUCCGGUGGCUGUGGCAUUGUGAGAUCGUUAAGUGUGAAAACCACAGCUGAUUUCUCAGAUGGACGAUCCAUUAAACCAGAACAACUGGUAAGGCCCAGCCUUCGGAAGACUGAAGAUCCCUACUUCACUAGCUCUCCAAUAAAAUUCCCGUCGGGCGCUCCAGGGAAGGGCAAAUUGGUGAAAGAAAAAAUCCAAGCGACUGCGUCCCAGCGCCAGUCGAGAGAUUGCAAUCCGUACGCCACCUUACCUCGGGCGAGCAGCGUGAUUUCCACGGCGGAAGGAACCACGCGAAGGACGAGCAUUCACGAUUUCUUGUCUAAGGACAGUAGGCAGCCUGUCUCGGUUGACCCAGCCCCAGCCGCCGGCGACAGGAGCGUCCCGGCAGCCUCCAGUGAGUACCCAGCACACCAGUUCUCCUCUCCUUUUGUUCACUGUGUGGCUUACAGGGUAGAUUGUGCCCCACACAGCAAUGCAGCUAAUUCAGCUAAACCGUGUCAUUUAGGGUGUAGUUCUGAUGUACCUAAGACUUCAAGGAUGGAAAGGGCAAAUUGCCACGAGAGAACGUUGCUAAACACAAAUACGUUUAAUGAGAAGGUCGGUACAUCCGGUAAGGACAGUGCAGGGUCGUUUAUCGUGGCGCAGCCUUUUUUAUCCCUUAACACUGAAUUAGUUAGCAAUAUAAGCGGAUUGCCUCAAAGAUCUGCACCAAAACCACCUAAUCAGGCCAACACGUCGGCGUUUAGAUCCGUACCGAAAAAUCCCGAGCAGCCUUGCGCUAAUGAGCAGUGUGCUCGCAGUGAGCUGCGCGCGGGUGCAACGGGGGAGUACGAUCCUGCCCCCCGGGCAGACAGCAGCGAGGCCGAAUCCCCGCUGCUGGUUUGUGAGGAUAAUCAAACCGUGUGGUACGAGUAUGGCUGUGUGUGAGAAGGAACUUCUGCCAUUACAUAUAUAUGAAUAUAUAUAUAUAUAUAUAUAGUCUAAUAUGACAUAGAGGUGUUCUUCUCAUUGUCCACUGGAUUUAGAGAAAAUUCCACUACAAAUGAAAAAUGAUUUUGUGUUAGAUCUGUGGGUGUUGUUUGCCAAGGCUCAGUUGUGUACUCCAGCAUGUUCGAAUGUAAAAUUGUAACCUCACCAAAGUUUGCAUGAAACAUUAAUUGCACUGUACAUAUUUUGCAUGCCUUUAAACGUCUUUAUAGUACAAGCUAUAUUUUUAUUUGUCACGCACUCCGAGCAUUUUGGUUUUUCCCCUGUGUGUUCCUGAAUGCAUGUUAAAGCGAUUGCAUGCUGCAUUGCCAGGAAUGGCGCUGUGAACAACAGGAUCUCCAAUACCCAGGCCACUUUUUGCAGUUGUGCUCAUGCUUUCAGAUGUAUCAGUAACACCCUGAUAUGUAUUUGGAGUCAAAAUACUUUUUUCCCCCCUUAUUUCAAGAAUGAAAAGAAGCAUUUAGAGAGAUUGCAGUGUCUUACCCUUUCCAUUUGUGCCAUGUUCUGGCAUAAAUGCACUUUGCACAAGGAACAAGUUACGGCCCAAUAAUUCAGUGCUCUGGCUUGCACAAUAAAUAUGAAUUACUCUUCAUACUUACCAACAUACUUGACCAUUAAUAAAUAGAACAUUCAUAGUCCUAAACGUUAAUGAUAAUUCUUAUGAAGAGGCAAUAAAUAGCCACACGAUACGCAGCACUUGUAAUGAAAAAAUGACCCUUUCCACCUUUUCCCUUUUCUGUGCUUUGUCUUUCCACGUCUGGUGUACAAAUGUGGGGCAGUGUCUGGUUUUCUUAGGAGUCAGAUCACAGUUCUGUGAUGUGCGGCAAUAACAACCUGUAUCCAUUACGGUGGAAGUUAAUUUUUUUCUUCUUAAAAACAGUAACACUAAUAGAACAGAAAACAAGACGUAUAACAAAAUAACAGAAAAAAACUGUUACAUUAACAUAGUUAAAUAAAAGAAAAAAUAACAAUGUUUUCUUGCAAAACUAUAGGAGUAUAGGAACUCUUAAGCAAAUAACUCAUUAAAUCCCAGAUGACCAGCUAAAGAGAAAUGUCAGACUGUAAUUACUUAAUACGCCACUGUCUCUCCAGUUGCUUGGAACUUCUCAAUGGUAAAUAUAAACAGAAUUUAAAAUCAUAUUGUACUUAAACUAUAAAUACAUUAGGUUCAGAGAGCGCUUUCUUGCAAGAGGAAAUAAUUACUGACAGUUACGGUAGGUCAAAAUUACAAACACUGUAAAAAGCCUGGAUGAAAAUAUAUCUAGAGGAAAAAUAUUUAAAAUGGAAAAUAAAGAUAUAAAAUAACGAAAGGCAUAUUCUGAUUUUUGCGGGUGAGCUUUCCUUGGCCAGCAGUUUGUGUCGGUGCCGGUGCUGCUGUGCGGGCUGGGCUCCCGUUGCCCAGGCUUGGGGCAAAGCUGCUCCAGCUGACGCUGCUCCCAGCGUGCUGUUGGCCGCUGCCCUCGAGAACGGGCUCGCCCUUAAAAACUGACCCCAAAUCUGAAAUGGAAUCUUCAUUUCACACGCAGCGAGGCCACUGUUCCCAUCUUGGGUCAUGCAUUUGACUUCGUUAACCGGCAGAGGGCUGAACCAGCUUGGAGCUGAGCUGUUCGCCACGUGCAGAACACGUUUUGCAAGCUGUUGGAAGAAUUAGAAAAUGGUCUGAGCUCUGAGAGUGCUUCUUAUAAACUCAGAGCGUGCUCCUGUGUCUGUGUUGUUCUUCACCGGCUGCAGGGCUGCUUGUUAGGAGCACAGGAAGGUUUGUGACCAGAGGUGCUAUAGCCUCUCCUGUUUAGUUCAGCUGCUGUUGUUUGAGACAUCACAUAGGCACUCCCAUCUCGUUUCCAGCCUUGUCUUGCUUUGCUGCUUAGACUGUUCCAGCUACGUAAAACACCAGUAUUGUCUCCAGAUAGGUUUAUUUAUUAGGAAGUCUCCAGCGUGACCACCAAACCCUGACUAAUAAUGAGCAAGGCCAAGGUGUAAAGAGCUGUGCAUGAUAAUGAUGAACGCUCAUUAUGUUGCUGCUGGCCAAAAAGAGCUUUUUUGCUCAGGCCCGGUAAUUUGCUUGCAGUGAAAGGUUUGCUUGACGCUUCGCUUUAAGCGGGUAGUAAAUGAUGGUGCUGUGUUUUGCACGGCCAGGCUGUUGCAUGCAAAGAGCAUUUUCUGUUUUGCAGAGCUGAAUGUGAACGUUUCUGUCAAUGUGUAGCAGGUAAAAAAUGCAAAGAUAAGUUGUCUGCCGGGUUCCCUCAGCCUCGAUUACAUCUGAUUGGCUUUUUUUCCUUUUCAUACAGGCAGAAAAUCAGGGUUGGUGUAUCUAAAAGUUAAGUGUAUCUGAUGGUGGCUUUGAAAACAAUAGCUGGUUAUUCUAAAUGCUAAGAUGAAUUGAAUGUAGCUGAGUAGGUAUUGCCAGUGUCUCCUACCCUCUCCUCUGUCCCUUCCUCUUAAAACAAGAAGUGUUUGUAUAUCCUUGUGCUCCACUAAUGAGUAGAAUGUAUUUUAAUGCAUGAGGGUGUUUUUCAUGUCCUGGUAAACACAAUGAAUAACCUGAAAUGCUUUUCUCUGCAGAUGUGGAAGCUAUCCCAGAAAGCAGACAUUCAAAAAGCAGGUCUAGGGAGCAGCAAAGCUCCUAAUUCUAUUACCCACUACAUGAGAUGUGGGCCAAGUGGUGAGUUUCCUGCCCAAACUGUAAAUGAGAUUAAUUUCAUUUACAACAAACUAACAGCAUUACGUAUAAGGACAAGUGCACAUGGCAUUAACCAGAUGUAAAUACCGCUUGCUUAACUGGCUGCUCCCUUGCUUAUUAGCUAAGCCAGACCAGGUUGGUUUCCCGCAGCUACUUUGUCUGUGUAGGCAGGGAACUUCAUCCCAAGGAGCCUUUUGCCUGUAAAAAUUCCAUUUAUUCUUGUGUUUCAAACCUCUUGGAGAAGCAAGUUCAAGGAAAUCCCACUAAGGAGGAAUAUUGAAGUCGGUUCUUAGAAAGGGACGGAUAAAUCUAAACGAGUUUAAGAAAACAUGUAUUCUGUAGCACAAGGAAAGUGCCUUUCUAUAGAAAGCCUGUCUUUGGCGUCCUGUCCUCCUGUCGACUCGUGCCAAGCCCUUUGGUGCAUGCUGGUAGUGCUGUUAGUUCUGUUAGCCGCUUAACUCUGCAUUUUGCGCUUCCACCCUUCCAGCUUUUCUGAUGUUCUUUUCUCUUUCUACCUUCCUGCUGAACACAGAGAGAAAAGUGUCCUUCAGUAUCUCAGUAUGAAGCCUUUAUAUCUGAAGUAACACGACAGCGACUGUAGGAAUCAGUAAUAAAAAUAGAGGGAAUUUUUGUACAUUCUUCGUGACUAGAGCAGGCAAGAAAUAAAAACCUACCUACCUACCUUCCUUGAAUCAAGGAGCUCUACUGGAGUCUACUGCCGAAAAUGUGUAGAUGGGCUUAGGAAUUAUUGCACAUUGCACUGUUAAGACCUACUGACUAAAGGACAGUUCUCAUCUCCCUAAGGACCAAGAAUUUUAAGGUCACAAGAAUUACUCCAGGAAAAUAAAACAAACCAACAACCUUCUUUCAUCUUCUGUUUAUGAAAUUAGCCACUGAUUUGCUUAAGCUUCUGCUAAUAAUUAGCCAAAAACGCCCCAUAACUAGCAGUUUAUAUUUGCGUCUGUAAAUCUAAAAGAAACGCUGUAGUAUUUUGUUGCAAUGUAUGUACAGAUACAAAACCUCACAGCUUCCUGGCACUUCACUGCCUUAUUUGGUUAGCGUAACCUGCAUGGAAUGGCUCUGGAACAAGUCGAUGCUGAUUUUUGUUGCAUAAUGCAAGAGCAGAAUUUGUUUACAUACACGGAAAAGUUGGGUAACUGAAAAAGGGGGAGUCGUGGGCUGAUGGUAUUCUAUGGAACUUGUUUGUCAUUUGUGUUUUUCACAUCCCCACGUUGUUCUGCAUCUAUAUGUUCGAAGUUUCUGACAGGAAGUUGUCGGCUAUGAUUUCUCUCUAACUUUUAUUUUAAUAUAAGGCUGUUUUCAACCAAUGGCGGAUAAGACUGUCUUAUGAUGUUUGUGUAUUGACCGUUCAUUUUCCUUUCUUGUCUUUUGACACGAGCUGACUGUGGCCUAGGAGGUUUCUUGAUGGCAAAAAAUGUAAAUAAUAUCAUACGCAUUUUACAAUCAGUUCCCCUUUUAUUAGUAAGAUACGUUUUGUUCAUUACUGAUUUAUAUUAAAGUUGGCAAACGUUAUCGGUA